GUUUAAAACGUCAAAACGUACCAAUGAACGGAUAACUUUUAAAAAUCAAUUGAAAAAGAGGUUAGACAUUACUUAGUGCCAUUUUGAUCGUUAUAUUUUAUAUAUCAUAUUUCAUCAGUCUACAAUACGUGUACAUAAAAAAUAUAUCAAUAAUAUAAUCAGAAAUUCAAAUCAACCUUGAAAAAGUUUUAAGAUUUAAAAUUGCCGUUGGUGAAAAACUGGUGGGGGGAUUUAUUCAAAACGGACAUUUUGGUUGGACCAGUCUGUUUUUAUAUCUUUGGCUAGGUCUAUACAAUGAAUGAAUCAUAAAUCGAGAUCACUACAUUCUGAAGAUAAUUUUCGUUCAAUCUCUACGUAUUAGUAAGUUUUGUUAUUAAUUUUAAACGAUGGAAGACGAAGAAUACAAGAAACUUCCAAUUGAGGACAAAUGUGUUCAUAAAUUAUGGAAAGCCAGGGUAUGUGGAUAUGAAGAAGUUACAAAGUUAUUUAGACAAAUUGACGAUGAAAAAUCUCCGGAAUUCGGUAAAUACCUGGGAUUAGUUAAAAAAUUUGUUACUGAUAGCAAUGCUAUGGGGCAAGAGAAAGGAUUGGAGGCUACUUUAGCAUAUGUAGAAAAUUACGCCCAUGCUGGAAAAACGGUAUCAGAAGUAAUGUCAGGAGUUGUUGCAAAAUGUAUAGCUGCACCUAAGACAAAAACCAGAGAAUUGGCACUCCAACUUACACUUAUGUAUAUCGAGAUUGAAAAAUUUGAAGCUGUAGAAGAUGAACUUAUUAAGGGCAUGGAAUUGAAGAAUCCGAAAAUUGUAACAGCAUGUGUAAAUGCUUGUACAACAGCUUUGAGAGAAUUCGGAUCAAAGGUCAUUAAUGUUAAACCACUUUUGAAAAAAAUCAGUGUCCUUUUGGCAGAUAGAGACAAAAGUGUUAGAGAUGAAACUAAACUUAUGAUUGUAGAAAUGUAUAGAUGGAUAGGAGCUUCCCUUAGGCUACAACUACAAGCAGCUAGCUUACAACCUGUUCAAAUAACUGAAUUAGAGACUGAAUUUGCGAAAAUUGAAGGACAGAAAGCUGUUCCAACCAGAUAUAUAAGAUCACAGCAAGUAAAACAGGCUAAGCUUGCUGAACACGUUGCAGCUGGUGAAGCUGAAGAAGAAGAGGAGGAAGCUGAGGUUGUUCAAGAAAUUGAUCCUUAUGAAUUGGCAAGUGCAGUAGAAAUUUUAUCAAAAAUGCCCAAAGAUUUUUACGAAAAUGUGGAAGCUAAAAAAUGGCAAGACAGGAAAGAUGCUCUUGAAACUGUAGAAAAUUUGGUGAAAACUCCUAAAUUGGAAAACGGUGAUUAUGGCGACCUUGUAAGAGCACUUAAAAAGGUAAUACAAAAAGACAGUAAUGUUGUAUGUGUUGCAAUCGCCGGUCGAUGCAUAGCUGGACUCGCUAAUGGCUUAAAAAAGAAAUUCCAGACGUAUUCUGGAUUCUGUGUGUCAACUAUUUUAGAAAAGUUCAAAGAGAAAAAACAAAAUGUUGUAUCAGCUUUAAGAGAUGCUAUUGAUGCAGUUUAUUUAACAACAAAUCUUGAAGCUAUUUUAGAAGAUGUUUUGGAAGCACUCAAUAAUAAAAAUCCUUCUGUCAAAAUAGAAACCUCACUAUUUUUAGCUAGAGCAUUUACUAAAACUUCACCAACAUCUGUUAAUAAAAAAUUACUAAAAGCUAUAACAGCGCCUUUAACAAAAAAUAUAAAUGAAUCGGAUCAAAAUGUAAGAGAAGCAUCAGCCGAAGCUUUGGGAACUUUGAUGAAACUUGUGGGAGAAAAAACUAUUGCUCCUUUCUUGGUAGAAUUAGAAAAAGACAAUUUAAAAAUGGCCAAAAUUAAAGAAUUCUGUGAUAAUGCUGUUAUUCUUGUAAAAACACCUGGAGCUAAAAAGGAAAAAGUUGCGGCAGCUUCCACAAAAGCUCCACCUAAAGCUCCAGCUACUAAACCUGAUAGUAAAAAACCUGCAGCCAAGAAGAAAGCAGAAAUAUCUUCAGGUACCGCCACCGUAGUGAGAUCAAAAGGGCCAAAAACUUUAUCAAAGUCAUCAUCUCAAAAUAUUGAAAAAGAACUAACAGAUGAAGAGGUGGAUAGUAUAGUCAGUGAUGUCAUUUCUGCUAGUAUUAUAACUGAUAUUGCAAGCACCAAUUGGAAGUUGAGAUUGGCUGCAGCUGAACAACUAUUGACAGAAAUAAAAGGCUUAGAUUCCAAAUCAGUACCUACCCAAGCUCUAACAAAGUUUAUUGCUAAAAAGCCUGGUCUCAAAGAUACAAACUUUCAAGCACUAAAAGCAAAAUUAGACGUCAUUAAAUAUCUCGCAGAAAAUACAAAUUUCACUAUAACAUCUGCCGGUUGUUGUGUUGCCGAGAUUGCUGAAAAGUUUUCAGAUGCUAAAAAUGGUACUUCCGUUGCUGAAACUUUGAGCGCUAUAGCUGAGGCUACUACCCUAGGACAGAUAUCAGAUAUGGUGUUGGAUUUUGCUUUUGAACAACGGAGCCCUAAGGUCCAACAAGAAGCGUUAGUAUGGUUAUCUGGAGCUAUUAAAGAAUUCGGAUUUUCAAACCUUAACAUUAAGUGUCUCAUAGACAAUUGUAAAAAAGCUUUGGGAUCUACAAACCCGGCUGUCAGACAAUCUGCUAUAUCACUACUAGGAGUUAUGUACUUGUACAUGGGCGCUACAUUGAAUGUAUUUUUUGAAAAUGAAAAACCCGCCUUGCGUGAUCAAAUUAAUGCUGAAUGUGAUAAAUAUGAAGGUGAAAAACCACCAAUACCAACUAGAGGAGUGGUAAAGUCUGCAAGUACUGACAGUUUGGAUGUAGUGGAAGACGACGAACCUGAGCAAGUAAACAUUCAAGAUCUCAUUCCUAGAGUUGAUAUUAGUGGACAGAUCACAGAAACUAUUUUAACGGAACUUUCAGAUAAAAAUUGGAAAGCUCGAAAUGAAGCUGUAACAAAAAUAGCUGUAAUAAUUAAUGAAGCCAAAUUUAUUAAACCGAAUUUAGGUGAUUUACCUCAAGCAAUAGUCAUUAGACUAACAGACAGUAAUGUUAAAAUUGCUCAGUCCACUCUAGGAUUAUGUGAUUCAAUAUGCAAAGCCAUGGGUCCACCAUUCAAGCAGCAUAUUAGAACAUUCUUUCCAGCCAUUUUACAAGGUUUGGGUGAUAGCAAAGCUUCUUUAAGAGCUUCUUGUAUGGAUACAAUAAAUGCUUUUUCUGCACAGUGUGGUUAUAAGGAAUUUUUUGAAGGAGAAAUGAUAGCUGAUGCAUUAAAAUCGGGGUCGCCAGCGCUGAGAAUUGAACUUUGGAAUUGGUUGGCAGAAAAUGUUCCAAAAAUACCUCCCAAGCAAAUACCAAAAGAAGAACUAGUUGCAUGUAUUCCACAUCUGUACACCAAUUUGGAAGACAGAAACGCCGAAGUUAGAAAAAAUGCACAGGAAGCUAUUUUGGGUAUUAUGAUUCAUUUAGGAUACGAAUUUAUGGCUAAGCAAACAGAAAAACUUAAACCAGGAUCUAAAACAGUAGUAUUAGCCGCAUUAGAAAAAGUUAGACCAAACUUACCAGUUAAACCUUUACCCACCAAGAAAGCUGAAAAAGAAGAUAAAGCUGUGAGAGGGACAAAACCUGUUGCUAGUGCCAAAAACGCUGUUAAGAAUAAGCCGGCUUCAAACAAAUCAGCUGCUCCAGCUCAAACACGAAAAAAAGAUGAUGACAUCGAUACAUCGCCCCUAUUAGUCGCUAAUACUUUGAAACUUCAGAGAAUUUUAGAUGAACAAAAAUUGAGGGUUCUCAAAUGGAACUUUACUCAACCAAGAGAAGAAUUCGUGGAUCUCCUAAAGGAUCAAAUGUCGGCUGCUAAUGUCAAUAAAACUCUUUUGAUGAAUAUGUUUCAUUCAGAUUUUAGGUAUCAUAUUAAAGCGCUUGAAUCUCUUUCUGAUGAUUUGGCUGAUAAUAGUGACGCUUUGAUAGCAAAUCUAGAUCUCAUUUUGAAAUGGUUGACUUUGAGAUUUUUUGAUACUAACCCUUCUGUUUUACUAAAGGGACUGGAAUAUCUUCAAUUUGUUUUCAACAUGCUCAUUGAAUCAAAAUAUCGAAUGUUAGAAAAUGAGGUGGCCUCAUUUGUUCCCUACCUCAUUAACAAGAUUGGGGAUCCAAAAGAUUCUGUUCGCAAUGGCGUCAAAGCAUUAUUAAACCAACUCAAUAGGCUAUUCCCCAUAAACAAAUUAUCUCUGUAUAUAAUGGAUGGUGUGAAAUCUAAAAAUGCGAGACAAAGGGCAGAAUGUCUAGAAGUUAUGGGCGGUAUUAUUGAAGAUUUUGGAAUUACUGUAUGUAUGCCUACUCCAGCCGCUUGCUUGAAAGAAGUCGCCAAACAAAUAUCUGACAGAGACAAUUCUGUGAGGAGUGCUGCACUUAAUUGUGUUUUACAGGCUUAUAACAUUGUCGGUGAAAAAGUUUAUAAGCUAGUUGGUAAUAUAUCUGAUAAAGACAUGUCUUUGUUGGAAGAAAGAAUUAAGAGAUCAAGUAGAAAAACAAUGGCUCCACCUAAACCUGAAAUAAAUACGACUGUUGUGACCACUAUUAUAUCUCCUCAGAAAGAAAAUACACCUCCUAACAGAAACACUUUGGAUGCUACUCAUACUGUCAAUGAUGUAAAUAAUGGAAGUGAUCAAGAAGAUGUAGAGGAAGACAUGUUACCGCCUGUACUACCACAAAUGAUUGUAAAAGAACCACCAAAAGAAAUACAGGGUCCAUUCAAGUUAGAUCCGGAAUUUAUGGAGGAAUUGGAAAAAAUGAAACCUGAAAAACCUGUUAAACCAAAUCUUAAAUCAUACAAUCUAGAUUUCCUAAGUGAGGAAAUCCGAAUUCCUACAAUUGAAGAAGCAAGAGCCAAAGUGCAGGCUGGUGUAACAUCACAACCUGUAAGUUUUGGAGAAGCUGUUUCAAGACUUAGUUACGUCAAUACCUUGAGUCCUAAAAAGCAAGAUCCAGUUAUUGAGAGAUUAAUCAAACAAAUGGCAUCACAAAAUCCUACAGUAUCAUUAGCUGGUAUGACCCAAUUACAUGAAAUACUUGCUCAGUCAAGGGGAAAUGCAUUUGUUGAUUAUGAAGACGAUUUUAUGAAUGGAAUUAUUUUUCAAUUCCAACAAUUGCAAUCUGCUGAUCUCACCAUGGAUCCUGGUGCAGUAAAAAUGUACAGAAAUGUGUUGACAACCAUAGAUGCGUUCUACAAUAACAAAGCAUUAGGUAGCCACGUCUCGGUUCCAGUGAUAAAAGAACUCAUGUUACAAAUGAUAACACUAUUAGUAGAAGAACGGUUAAAUAAGGUUCCCAAUGGUGAUGCUUAUGUAAGGGUGAUUAAUUUACAUUGUGUCAAGGUUAUUGAAAGAUCCGACCACACAAAUACAAUAUGUGCUUUGGUGAAAUUAAUAAAUGAGUCUAUAGGUAAUAGCAGUUCUCCUAGACUAGUAGAUUUAGUGAUGAAAUGUCUAUGGAGGGUGAUCAAAUUAAUGCCACAGUGGGGUGAUGACAUUGAUUACGACUCUGUAUUGUUAGAAAUACAUAAUUUCCUUAAAAAAUAUCCCUCAUCAUGGUGGAAAAAUAAAGAAGUAGAUACACCGUUACGAACAGUAAAAACUGUUCUCCAUUCCAGUGCAAAGAUCAAGGGUGGUACUAUUAUGUUACAUUUUGGGAAGAUUCCAAAUACAAGUGAAUCGGAGGUUGAAACCUACAUUUUAAGAAUACUAAAGAGUUUAAAAAUAUCCGAAAUUCAGCAUAUUCCGGUGAAACAAGAAAUGCAAAGAAGAUCACUUUCUAGAGCCAAUCACAAAAUGCUGACAGAUAUAUUUCAAAAAAUUGGUAGCAAAGAUGAAACAAAGGAAGGGUUGAAUUUACUUUAUGAUUUCAUGCAGCAACACCCUGAAGCUGAUAUAGAGCCAUUUUUGUCUAAUAGUAGUAAAUUUUUCCAAGAUUAUAUUAAAAACGGACUGAAAGACAUAGAAGACUCCAGGAAACCUUUGAAGACUCCCAUAAAUGAAAAAGGUGUUGAUAAUAUCCAAGAGAAAAUGGAAAUUGCAGUUUCACAGUCGGACCCUAAUAAAGGUCCAGACUAUUGGAAAGAAAGACUGAAUAUGUGGAAUCAGCUAUUUGAUGACGUCAAAUUGGGAAGAAACGUAGAUGUUCCUGAAUAAAUUCUUAAAUAUACGUAACGUCCUACUAAACAUUUCAUAUUUACGUGCAAAACCUUUACUGUUGAUAAAGUAGGGUAGAUGUUAAUCAUCAACGUAAUCUACUCUUAUUGUAUGACCUACUCACAUGUAGCCUAUUUAUUUUUCUCUAACAUUGUGAUAGAUAUAGCAUUUUUUAGUGAUUGAUGGACAAUUGUCUUACUUAUACAUUAUUUCUUUGUGUUUUAACUUAUUGUUAGACAUUGGAUAAGUAAUCCUUAUCAGUAUUGUGCAUGUAGCUACAAAAAUUUAGUUUAACUUUUUAGAAAAAAUGUCACCAUUCUUCUAAAAUGAAUUGAGAUACAUUUUUAAAAACGAUUAAAUUCUUAGUUAUUAGUGAAAUUAAUGGCUUUAACCAGAUCCUAACACGAUUUAACUUAUCAUUUUGUUGGACCAAUAUAUUAGUUAAGAUGCGCUAGCUAUGGAGCGAAUUACUGGUGUUAGGUACUUACCUACUGUCUAAUUUUUAUUUAUACUGAGUGCCUGUAAUCUUAUUUUUGAGAUAAUUACUUUUUUAUUACAUUACAAACAUUCUCUGUUACUAGUUUUAAUAAAAAGAUUUCUCAAUUGA